GAGUUACAACACCCUAAGUUCUGUGUGUUGUUCUUUUAGGAAGCUUCAAGGAAAACAUUCCAUGGUAAUAAGAAAGCGCCUGGAACUUAAAACAUGAGCCAGCUGCGAGCCACAAAGCCUGGACUCCUCGUGUGCACAGCCAUCUGCAUCUUCAUUUUUCUUUACUUGAGGAAUCCAGCUCCUGAGGAACCAGAGGAGGAACCCACCUCCCCAGCAGUAGUGAAAUGUGGCUUUUACCCAGAUGAACUGUGUUCGGCUUUGUUUGAAGGGAAAGAGGCAGCCCUUCAAAUUGCAAAAUUUUGUAAAACUCCUCAUGGAUCUAAAAUAUUUGCUCACCUACACAGACCUGGAAAUUGCUCCAGGCUCUCCCAGGAGCUGCAUUUCAUAACCAGACCCCUGUCCGCAGAAGAGGGCACUUUCUCUCUGGCAUAUGUGAUAACUACUCACAAGGAGCUGGCUAUGUUUGUGCAGCUUCUCAGGGCUAUUUAUGUGCCUCAAAAUGUUUACUGUAUUCACGUUGAUGAAAAGGCCCCAAAGAAGUAUAAGACUGCUGUGCAAUCCCUGGUUAAUUGUUUUGAAAAUGUUUUUAUUUCAUCAAAGAGAGAGAAAGUGGCUCGCACUGGCUUUAGAAGACUAAACGCGGAUAUUAACUGUAUGAAAGACCUAGUCCAUCCCAGAUUUCAAUGGAACUAUGUCAUUAAUCUCUGUGGACAGGACUUUCCAAUCAAAACUAACAAAGAAAUCAUACGCUACAUCAGAAGUAAAUGGAAUGAUAAAAAUAUCACUCCUGGAGUAGUCCAGCCACCAAACAGUAAAUCCAAGACAAGUCAGAGUCAUCCCGAAUUCACCCCUGAAGGAAAUAUCUACGUAUCUCCAAAUGAAAGAUUCAGAGUUGAACCACCCCAUAACUUGACAAUUUAUUUUGGAAGCGCUUACUAUGUACUAACGAGGAAGUUUGCAGAGUUUGUACUGACUGACACCCGCGCAAAAGACAUGCUUCGGUGGUCCAAAGACAUCCAGGGCCCAGAGCGACAUUACUGGGUGACUCUGAACAGACUGAAAGAUGCUCCGGGCGCCACCCCAAAUGCUGGCUGGGAGGGAAAUGUUCGAGCCAUAAAAUGGAGAAACGAGGAGGGAAGUGUUCAUGACGGCUGUAAAGGCCACUACGCCCAGGACACCUGCGUGUACGGACCAGGAGACCUGCCAUGGAUCAUUCAGUCGCCUUCUUUGUUUGCCAACCGAUUUGACUCCACAGAACCUCUUGUGGUCACGUGCUUGGAGAGGUGGCACAGACUUAAGGCUCUAGGGCAGGCAGAGGCCCCUGUGGAACCACACUGGCAUUUCCGAAGGCAGAGUCAUUUUAAUGUGAAAUUGAACCACUGAGCUGGAAGUUAUAAAGCGUUUGCUUUCUUACUGGUAUCAUUCUGCAUCCUUGACUUGAAAUCAGAGAA